UCAACAUCUCUUCCGUGCCUUCAGAUCAUCAUCGGUGAGAGCUACAGGAUCUACUUUUUGAACGAGGGAUCCAAGUCCUUUGUGGGGAACCCCUACAUCUCCGCUCUGUACAAGCAGGUGGGCGUGUUCAUCUUCGGCUGCGCCAUCAGCCAGUCAUUCACUGACAUCGCCAAAGUGUCGGUGGGCCGCAUGCGCCCUCAUUUCCUCGAUGUGUGCAAACCUGACUUCACCACCAUCAACUGCUCCCUGGGCUACAUCACUGACUACCAGUGUCAGGGGCCAGAGAACAAAGUUCAGGAAGCCAGGAAGUCUUUCUUCUCUGGACAUGCAUCCUUUUCCAUGUACACCAUGCUUUACCUGGUGUUUUACCUGCAGUCUCGGUUCUCUUGGCAUGGAGCUCGCCUGCUGCGCCCUCUGACCCAGUUCACCCUCAUCAUGAUGUCUUUCUACACCGGCCUGUCCCGUGUGUCUGAUCACAAGCACCACCCCACUGAUGUGCUGGCUGGUUUUGUGCAGGGAGCAAUCGUGGCCUACUGCAUAGUGUUCUUUGUGUCUGAUUUGUUCAAGCCCAAAGGUAGACGCUCUACACUCUUGCCAACACAAGUGAAGAAAGAUGUUGUUCCUCCAGCAGACAUCAGUCAGCGGAGCAACCACCUCAUCAUGGCAUAGAGAAGACUGCAAACUGACUCUACAUAACCCUGUACUGUGCCGUUUCAAUCACUGCUACAGCCACUGGCCGAUACUGGAUAGAACCAACUCUCAGAAAUAUGGAUAGUGCAGCACAUGGAAUCUUGAAACACCUCAGAGGAUGUCAAAUGUCGCUUUCUCAACGGAAAUCUUCUCUUUCCUCAGUCUUACCAGAUAUUUGAAUGUGAAAAAAAAAGGACUAAAGACAUUUGUACCUCCUCUGUUAUGAAGAUUUUUUAAGAUUCUCCUCUGUCGAAGCCUUUCCAUGGACAAAACUCUGAAAUUAAACUGAGAAACGGCAGCUGUAAACAAAGCUGUGUUUGGCUUCUUUUGCCUUCUACCCUCAGCUGCAUCCAGCAUGGGAGCUACACUAAUAUUCCCGCCUCUCGCUCACCAUGUGACUAAUACAAACAAAUCAUGACGAAAAAACAGAUUCCUUGAUUUUAUGAAGGAUGUUGUUUUUGUUACGAACGUAAGAAUUGUAUGUAGGCCCUUACGAUAACUUCUUCUGUUUGACGAUAUAUUGUCCAGAAAUGACUGCGAUCAACAAUGAUAUUGUAAUUUUAAGACUUUUAUUCCACUGAGGUAAUGAAAAGGAUAAUAUAAUAGGAGGACAAUGCAAAUAAACCCUUUGCAAGAGAUUACCAUAUCAUUCUUAAGAAUAUUCACAUUGUGGAAGUACAUACCUGUACAUUGGAAGACAUGUAAGGGAAGGAAGAACCCUAAAGUUUAUUCUGAUAUCAGUUUAGGCUAAAAUGUUGGUACAAUUAUUAGGUAAACAACAGCAUGUAAACACAACAGGCAAAAUGAUCACGGUCAUGUCCAAAAAUCACCAUUAAUAGAUAACCUCAAAAUGAUCGAGGUCUUGUCCAUGUUUCGUACCAUAGGUCAAUAACUUCAUAAACGAUCACCGUAGAAAAGUUAAUGAAGUCAUGUCCAUACCUCAAAUGCGUCGUAAAAAUAAUCAAGGUCAGGUCAAUAUUUUACCAUGAGUCUGGAACGUAAUUAUCGUGAGGGGCCUAAUUACAUGUGAAUUUAUAGCACUAUAUCAGCUUGACUCUUUACUGGUUUUUUGUACCACUUGAUUGACCUGAAGUGAAGCUUUUGGAAAGCUUUGUAAGAAUUUAUGUCCAUAAUGUGGUGUUCCUUAGAAGGUGCACAUAAGUGUUGGAUGUGGGCCUCUUUCUGCUGGCUAGGACGAGCCCCCAUUGAGCCAUUUAAUGAAAGUCCUAUCUGUUAUAUGUACCAGGCGGGUGCUCAUAAGUGUUAGGUGAGAAUGCGUGUGUGUUUGUGUCUGUGUGUGUGAGAGUUCCUUGCAUUACUUGUGUGUUAGGGUAAGGUCUUUUUCUGAGCCUGCCAAUGUGUCUUAAUGUCAUGUCUAAAUAUUUCAGUGUUAAUAGCCUACAAGUGUGCCUCCCUUCAGUCAGAGAACAGGCACCGGCUCUAACAGACAUAUGCAUAUUGAGACGGUAACACUGUGGAAAAAAUGCAUCACAUGCAGUACAUGUUCUUUACUGUUACUAAUCAGAGCAAUUAUAUUCAUCACUGAGGAACCCUGUGAUAAACUGUAUGCUACACAGGCAUAAAUAGACUUGGAGUAACUAUAGGGGCUUCCUAGUGAAGUGGUUACUUACCUUAGCUUUUCAGAGUAAAAGCACAAUAAAGCAAAACAUUUUUGGCACAUUGUAACCGCUUGAAAUCUCAAGUCUUUUAAAGUAAUAAAUUAUGGUUGGUAAUAAGGAUCUGCAUUAUAAUAGACACAAAUCAUUACAUUACAUUUUAAAGUAAGUAUGUGUUUGCAUGACAUUAAUGACAUUCUUUGCAAAAAAACACUUUAAACCACUUACUAAAAGCAUCAUUCUAACUCGGUUUUACGUUACUGAGACAAAUUUAGAAAAUUUCUUGAGAUCCACUUUAUACAGCAUCAGAACAUUCUGCAUGCUACCACCUUGUACAUUACUGUAGUAUGAAUAAUAUCUCUUGAAUAAAUGCCCACUAUGACCUGUGUGUCGAGACCUGUGUAAAUGUAAAACAUGCUGCUUUAUAGAGGCAAAGCUUGGUGGAUUUCAUCCAGUAAAGUUGACACAUUGUGACUAUUACGUUUUUUUUUUAAAAACAUAGCUCAGUACAUGUUUAUAAAAAAAAUUGCCUUUCAAUAUUUUUGUAUUGUGUGAAAUUUUGUACAAUGAAACUGUAAGACGUAUAAAAGAUAAAAUGUCUUUUAAUAAAAUACUAAAGUUCAAAA